CGGCAUGCCGCCGCGUUGCAUUGUGGGGGGGCUAAGGAACAGUCAGGGCCCGGCGUGACGCGGCAGAAAACAAAUUUUUUGCUGCCGGUGGAUAGAGGCGGCUGUCCUGGAAAAUGGUGGGGGUGAAGGUGAUCGCGGGAGACGCGGACUUCCAGCCGGAGCUGAGCGCUGCCGGUUCUAGGCUCAGUGUGGUCAAGUUCACCAUGAGAGGGUGCACCCCCUGUGUGAGGAUAGCGCCGGCGUUCACAUCGCUGAGCAAUAAGUAUCCCCAGGCCGUCUUUCUGGAAGUAGAUGUACAUCAGUGCCAAGCGACAGCCGCUGCCAAUAAUAUAUCCGCGACUCCCACGUUUUUAUUCUUCCGAAAUAAAGUGAAAAUCGACCAGUACCAAGGGGCAGACGCCGCCGGCCUAGAAGACAAGAUCAAACAGCACUUAGAAAAUGACCCAGGGAACAACGAGGACACAGAUAUUCCCAAAGGCUAUAUGGACUUGAUGCCUUUUAUAAGUAAAGCUGGAUGUGAAUGUCUCAACGAGAGCGAUGACCACGGCUUUGAAAACUGUUUACGGAAAGACCCCACGUACCUGGAAUCAGACUGCGAUGAGCAGCUCCUGAUCACCGUAGCCUUCAACCAGCCGGUGAAGUUAUACUCCAUGAAGCUCCAGGGUCCUGAUAACGGUCAAGGCCCAAAGUAUGUCAAAAUCUUCAUAAACCUCCCGCGCUCCAUGGAUUUUGACGAAGCGAUGAGGAGUGAACCCACCCAAGCUCUGGAGUUGUCGGCGGAUGAUAUUAAGGAGGACGGCAUUGUACAGCUGCGCUAUGUGAAGUUCCAGAAUGUAAACAGUGUAACGCUAUUUGUCCAGUCCAAUCAGGGUGACGAGGAGGCGACAAGAAUCACAUACUUCACUUUUAUUGGGACCCCGGUACAGGCAACAAACAUGAACGACUUCAAGAGAGUUGUAGGCAAGAAGGGGGAGAGUCACUGAGCAGAUGUCCGAUGCCUGGGAAGUCACCGUAACAAGUUUCGGGGUCAUCACAACAAGAGCAAUUUCCGACCGGUUUAAAUGUUCCAUUCAGAAAUAAUUCCCAAUAAACCAUUUGCUUUUUGUUAUGUUUCAUACCUGUGAUUUUAUUGGAAUCUGGCUCUGCUCAUUUGUAAAUAAAUAGGACUACUUUUGCCAAAUCA